AUGGCGAAGACAAGAGGAGGAGGACAAGUAGGGUCUCGUCGUAGUAGACAUAAUCAAGGCUUCAAAGAAAGUGGCUUUCCCAAAAAGAAUGUAGUUGUAACUAAGAGAAGAAGGGGUAGAAAGAAGAAAGUGGCUGCUCAAGAUGAUGAAGUAGAAGAUGUAACACCGCAUAAUGAUGAGGUAGAAGAUGUAAAACCACAAGAUGAGGAGGUAGAAGAUGUAAAACCGCAAGAUGAUGCUGAUCACGCUGAGAAAGCAAUGACUGAAGAUGAUAAAGAAGAUUCUGAGAUAGAAGGAGAAGCUUGUUUGACAGGGCAUGAACAGAAGAAGGAUAAAGAAAAAGCUGCCAAUAUGGAAGAAGAAGGUGAAGACGUAGAGAAAGAGAAUGACGACAAUGAGAAAGAGAACGAAGAAGAAGCUCUUAAUAUGGAAGAAGAUGGAGUUAGCAAUGCUCAAGAUGAUGAGAUUCCUAGUAUUGAAGGAGUUCAGCUACCAGAGGAUGAAGUGAAAAAAUAA